UAGGCUAAACCAACUCCAAUGACUCAUACGGGAAAAAUAAACCGAGUGGGCGGAAAAAUCGAAAAAUGUCAUCAAAGAUCAAAUGAAUCGCUGCACAUCACUUCACUGGUUUGGUGAAAGGACAAGAUCACACAAGUUUCAAACACAGGAAAUGACAAAGAACGGCCUUUUUUUCCUCUCUCUGCUAGCUAUGGUCAGUGCUGUUGAAGACAAAGGCUCAUGCUAUGGCAUCGGCUCUGGCACUAUGGCAGGUAUUAUAUUCGCUGAUGUUGCAGUGACGAUCUUCAUUGUUUCUACCACCUACUGGUAUGCCAGCAAGCGCAGACAAAAGAAAGAAAACGCUGACGAAGUCUACAUGAAUGUCAGAGCAAACUGCAAAACAUGAUGAUCUUUUGAAGACUGACAUGAAUUAUGGAAGACUCACUGACAUUUAAUAUCAUAUUACAUACAUGAUAAUAGAGGAUUUAUAUUUUACAUUUUAGCACAGUUUGAAUACACUCUUAAGUGUUCUUGUGAUAUCUUGUAGAUGAGACAAAAUUACGUACACUGGAAACUAAUAUUAUUAACUCAAUCUAGUAGAUUAUCAACAGCAAUAACUGCAGUAAGGAAAAACACUGCCAGCUAGUGGAUAGUUCUGUCUCACUACUCUUUCCUUGCUCUAGGAGAAAGUGACUUUUAAAAUGUAAUAUAAUCAAGCUUUCUGAAACUUGUAUUAUACAAAGAAAACAAAAACAAUUCCGUAAUUUUGUUCAUGAAAGUAUGCAAUUAUGCAUUAUGUUUCUACAUGCGUCAAU